AUUGGGCAUAAAAAGCUACGGAAUUUUUCAUCCUAUCAAUUUAGACAAUUUUAUGGUUCUAUUCCAUCACAUAAGUGUCGAUUUCAUAAAUUCGUUUAAUCGUUUAUUUACCUACAAUUGACGUACAUAAUCAACAGUUAACCUUGGAGUGUGGUUUUCAUUUCGAACAAUGACCUCUAGGCGGGUUGCGGUUUCAGCUGUGAAUUGGACUGAACUGUAUUCAAAAUGCCCGAAACAUCAAUUAGAUCAAUUUAGAGAGUUGAAGACAAAGACAGACAAUCUUGUAUCUAAGAUAACAUCACUUCCAGAAUCUCUGCCACCAAUUAAUUGGGAACACUAUGCACAUGUCGUCCCCAUCCCAGGGCUAGUAGAUAGAUUCAAGAAGGAAUAUGCAGGUUUGUCAGUCGAAUAUCCUAAAGAUACGUCGGGUGCUAUCACUAAAGUUCAGAGUCAAGGAAGGAUUAUGAUGACGAACGCCAAACGUCAUGCAGAUGCGUGUUUGAAGAUGAAAGCUAGUGCAGAAAAAAUGAAAGCUGCUAUAAACAAGCUGCCUCCUGUAGAUGAGUCUGUGCCAGAAAUCAUGGUUGCGUAUUUUGGUCUUCAGGCCGACCGGUUUAUCGACCUCAGGAAACCAAUAUCUCUAGGAAAUACGAAUAUUUUAAAAAGGUCUGCACCAUCGAUGCAUUGGGACUUUAAUUAACAUAAAUGACCAAUUCUAGUUACGUAUUCGAUUAGUUUGUACCCUCCAUGCCUCCUCAUUUCAAUAGAAAGUACAUCUUGUUCUA